UGAUCUGUUUCGACCGAUUUUUUACAUCGGUGACAUUGAUGAAAACAUUGCCAUAUGCUGCAGUAGGAACCUGUAUUGGUACGCGAAAAAAUAUACCAAAAAGUCAGGAUAAAUUAGAAAAAAGUGAAGCAAAAUUUGUAUGCACGAAUGACGGGAUAACCUUUACUAGAUGACAGGAUACCAAAGAAGUAUUGGCAAUUAGUAACUGUCAUGGGGAUCAGCGUACAUUUGUUGACCGAAAACAAAAGGACGGCCAAAAACUUGCUGUCGAAUGUCCCGAGAUAAUCUCCUUUUACAACAAGUAUAUGGGAGGCGUCGAUUUGACCGAUCAUUUAGCUGGCCUUUAUGAAUUCGACCGCAAGUCUACCAAGUGGUGGAAACAAGUUUUCUACAAAUUAUUAAUGAUAACGGCCGUAAACUCAUUCAUUAUUUACAAUGAAGUUAGACGUAAGAAGAUACCAUUUUUGGAAUUCUUGAUAGCCCUAGCCGAAAGCCUAAUUGACCAAGGGAAAAGCAAAGCCGGUGUGAAGAGGCGUUCAACUACCGGACGACCAUCAACGCGACAAAAAACUAUGGUGAAUGUUGGCGACCAUAUGCCGAUUGUCGAGCAGAAACGGAGAAGGUGUAUAAGAUGUUCACAAAACAAGAUGGAGAAACGCACAAGAACUGUUUGCCAGGGCAAUCAAAGUCAUACUUUUAUCUUGUCCAUAUAAUAAAUAACUGAAUUAAUGAUAAAUGGUACAUACUUUCAAAUACCUGAAAUAUUGCUCCAAAAACCUUAAAGCAAUUUGUGUUAUACUUUUAAAUUCCAG